AUGUCCUCCCAGCAGAGCAUGGCUUCAGCCAAGGGCUUUUCGAAGGGGUCUUCCCAGGGCUCGGGGUCGUGCCCCGCCCCAGCGCCCACCCCGGCGCCCUCCUCGUCCUCCUGCUGCAGGGGCUGCUGCGGCUCCAGCUCCGGCUGCUGCAGCGGCGGCUGCUGCGGCUCCAGCUCCACCGGCUGCUGCUGCUUCCCUCGGAGGCGCCGCCGGCAGCGCAGUGGGUGCUGCUCCUGCUGCGGGGGCGGCAGCCAGAGGUCGCAGAGCACCAGCAACACCGGCUGCUGCGGCUGCUGA